AUGUCAACCCAACGCCCCUUCUUCGCCAACGUCCUCGCCGCCUUCCGGGCACACAACGCCAUACAACAAGGCAAAGCGACACCCUCUCCCUCCUCCCCCUCACAACACCAAACACACACUACUUCACCAUCACAACCACGGUCCAUAACGACAUCCACAAAACCUUCCAGUGCCACCACGACGGCACUAUCUGCGUUACAUUCCCCACGCACACAUUCCACGUCGCCGUUAAGUCGAUCGCCUGGCCCUUCGAAUUCACCUGGCACGGCAGGAGAGGGCAUGCAAAAUGGACGGUAUAUUCCGAAGAGCAGAGGACGGAGGGGGAGUGAUUCCAGUUCGGAAGGGUUCAAAGAUGUGUUGGGCACAGAGAAGUGGUAUAUUGGUGGGCGGACAGCGACGGGUGAGGAAAGGUAUUUUAAGCUGGGUGUUGUGAGGAGGAACACGAGUAGGGAUAGGCUGAGUUUGGAUCGGUUGAGUCUGUGA